GACCAGUAACUUCUUGUUCCUUUGACAGAAAUAUAUCUUUCUCUGCUCGACCAACUUCGUCAUUUCUUCCCUGCAUUAAUAUCUCGACAAUCCAUAGAGGCCAAAGCCGAUCAUGCGGUGCGCAAAUUGAUGUUUAACACUCUCAAAGCGGCAUCGUCGCAGUUUUGUCGCGGACAGUUCCACCUUGUUUCUUAGCCCAAGACUACCAACCUCAACCUCAACGCUGUUCCAAAGACAACUCUCUAAAUCAAAAUGACCUCCUUCGCCCCAGUGGAUUCGGUCCGACUCAACGGCGAUGGGUCAAAGAAACGAGUCGCAUAUUUCUACGAUUCAGAUGUCGGCAACUAUGCAUACGUCUCGGGUCACCCCAUGAAACCUCAUCGAAUACGACUUGCCCAUUCCUUGGUCAUGAACUAUGGCUUGUACAAAAAGAUGGAAAUUUAUAGGGCAAAACCAGCUUCAAAAUAUGAGAUGACCCAAUUUCACACUGAUGAGUACAUCGACUUCCUUGCCAAAGUCACUCCAGACAAUAUGGAGUCGUACCAGAAAGAGCAGCAGAAGUACAACGUUGGAGACGACUGUCCAGUUUUCGAUGGUUUAUUUGAAUUUUGCGGUAUCAGUGCUGGAGGAUCCAUGGAGGGCGCAGCACGCUUGAACAGACAAAAGGCUGAUAUUGCGAUUAAUUGGGCUGGUGGUCUGCAUCACGCGAAAAAGAGCGAGGCUUCGGGUUUCUGUUAUGUCAACGACAUUGUUUUGGGCAUCAUUGAGCUUCUCCGUUUCCACAAGAGAGUCCUCUACAUCGACAUUGAUGUCCACCACGGUGAUGGCGUCGAAGAGGCUUUCUAUACCACCGAUCGCGUCAUGACCGUCUCGUUCCACAAGUACGGAGAAUACUUCCCUGGUACCGGCGAACUUAGGGAUAUCGGAGUUGGCUUGGGCAAACACUAUGCGGUCAACUUCCCUCUCCGAGACGGAAUUGACGAUUCAUCCUACAAAGGCAUCUUCGAACCCGUCAUUCGAGCCACUAUGGAAUACUAUCAACCCGAGGCGGUCGUCCUCCAGUGUGGCGGUGACUCGCUAUCAGGUGACCGGCUAGGCUGCUUCAAUCUCAGUAUGAAAGGCCACGCCAACUGUGUCGAGUUUGUCAAAUCUUUCCACCUUCCUACUCUUAUUUUGGGAGGGGGUGGCUAUACCAUGAGAAAUGUGGCAAGAACAUGGGCCUUCGAAACCGGUUGUCUUGUCGGUGAGAACAUGCCGCCAAAUCUUCCUUUCAAUGACUACUACGAGUACUACGCUCCUGAUUAUGAACUCGAUGUCCGUCCAUCUAACAUGGACAAUGCCAACUCGAGGGAAUACCUGGAGAAAAUUUUGUCUCAAGUCCUCGAAAACAUGAAGCAAACAGCCCACGCACCAUCAGUCCAGAUGACAGACAUUCCCCGGGACUCGUUGGGCUUGAACGAUGACGACGAAGCUGCUCUCGAUGAUCUCGAUGAGGACGAAAACCCCGACAAGCGGACAACACAGCGUCGACGCGACAAAUACGUCCAGAAAAAUGGAGAAUUGUCAGACAGUGAGGAUGAAGAUCCAGAAGAACUUCAAGCCUCUCGACGGCGACGAGCCCAAGUCAACUAUCGUAAUAUUAUGGAUGUUGGGCAAAACGACUCCGGAGUUGAGACUGGAAGUGCCAUGGGAACUCCAAUGCAAGGUUCAAGCCUUCCCGACGACGCCGAUGAGAUGAAUAUCGACUCUGUGGGCAACACCAAUCAACCACCCAGCCCCGCCAACGAACCCGUCGUGGCAUCAGUCGCUCCCUCCGAACCUCCUACCGCAGCCCCCGCAGCACCCGCAGCACCAGCCACAGAUGAGGACGUCGAGAUGCAAGACGCCGACGUCAAUGGAACUGCCCCCGCGCCCGAAGCUCCCCCAGCGGAAGAAGAGUCGACUAUUACAGUACAACAACAACGGACGCCUCCUGAUUCCCCGGCACCCCCAGCGGAGUCAAUCGUGGAAAGUGAAGCCGGACCAGCGACAACUACCUCCGUCACUGCGGCACCAGCUGCGGAAAGCGCGCCAUCUCCAGCCGCAGAACCCACGACAGAAGCUGCUCCUGCUAAAACACCAUCGGUGGAACCCACUGCCGACACCAAGACACCAGAGGCUGCGGAGACCACCGAGACCACCGAGGCCGCUGAAGCCGCCGAGACCACCGAAACAGCCGUCAAAGCUGAGCCCGGGACCAAGGAAGCCGAGCCAGAGGACGAUCUAGCGAAAGCACAAGCAGCGGAAGAAGGGUUGAUUGAGCGAGAAACAGCGAAUGCUGAAGGCGAAGCGCGAACGGAGCAGGCUGCCAAGGCCGAAGAAGAUGAGCCUAAGGUGGACGAAGUGAGCACUGCCAAAGACUAGGUGGCCAGAUGCAAGCGGCUCAAGACCUUGACUUUUGUUUUUGUGGUCACAAUGGUAGUCUGGUACGUUGGCGUUUUCCCUGAGGCGUGGUGCAGCUGGAGGCUUGGGGUGUUUUGAGACGCAGGUUAUGAGUACAAGACUGGUUGUAUAUGAUAUUUUGAGGUACAAGGGAGGAUUCAGUGAUCUACAAGCAGACCUGGUUGCCAGGCUGCGAGACGUGAUUCUUUGCAGGCGAUAUUGCCCAAGAAGACAUGGAAUGAAAGAUCUGAGGAGUACUUGGCGAGUUCAAUCCUUGAAAACUAGAUGUUGAUUCUUGGUAUCCGUUGCGUCCUCGAAGCGGGUUCACUCAAUCAUAUCUUUAGACAGAUAAAAUCUCUC